GACAAACCUUGGAUCUCAUUGUGCCAGCUUAUUUUUUUUUAUUCACUAUCAUCUUAAUCUAGGAUGUGGUUAAACUCCAGCCCAUUGGGUCUGUACAACUGUGUGAAACUACCCUGUAGUCAAGAAAAACAUUAGAGGGAACUGACCGAGUGGGAAUGGGAAGUCUCCUAAUGUCUUCAAGGUUUCAGGAGAUGAUAUAAAAUGCAGCAUACCUCCUGUACAGAGGAUCGGAUCCAUCAUGCCCUGGAGAGAUGUUUACAUGGAUUGGAUAGAACUAUCUCUUCUAAUUGGAAGGCUGGGCUCUGUGUAAACCGUUGGAGCCUGGAAGAACUUGUGAGUAGAGAUCCCCACAGCUUUCUAAUCCUCAUUGAGAAGAUAUUGCUUAAAACCCAGGAGGUGCAGGAAAUGUGUCAGUAUGACUUAUUGGUGCCACUGGCUUUAAUGUUUUAUUCUGCAGCUUUACGAACUCCAUAUUUUCCUCCAGAAUGUAACCUGCUGAAGAAGGCAUACAAUAUCUACCACGGCCUUCUGACAUGGCCUGUGCCAUAUUGUAAUAUUUGCAAGGACCUUCUAGUAUUUAUUCAAGAUGAAAUGAAGGCACCAGGAAUCUCAUUCCAGAGGUUGGUAAGAGCAGAACAAGGAUUAACAACCAGAAAUCUUCAAAACAAAACAAUAACCGUGCUUUUACUUAAUUCUGCCGAGGUAUCGAGUGAGUUUAUGGAAGUUGCCGAGAGGAUUAGCAACAACAAACAGUCUCUGGGAACCUCUUACAUCACCCUGGUUAAGCACAUGUAUCAGGCAGUUUUUGGUGCCAAGUACAAUUUGAAUGACAUUCAAAAUGCUCUUGAGUCCAAAACUGCCGACGAACUCCUAGACAUUUUCUCAAAUUGUUCUGACAUUAUGGAGGUCACAGCAACCAUGAAGGAUUCUGCCAAAGCUAAGGAACAUUUAGUGAACAAAUUAGAGGAGAUAAAAGAAAGAUUUGGACUCCUCCCAAAAGCAGCCCAGAAUGCGAUGGUUAAGUUGCAAACAAUUUCAUUGCCAGUUGCCAAUUGCUACAGCUACCAAUGGGACAAGGAUAAUUUCGAUGUUUUACGCGAGGUUCUCCUGAAAGAGUGUGAGAUUCCUGAUACUGCAUUAUUUCCGUUGAAUGACAAUGAGAAUGAUGAAGAAGAGUUUGAGGAGGAGGACGAGGAAGGGGAAGGGGAGGAGGAUGCAAGUGGAAAUGAGCGAGAUUCUGUGAUAUCCUCAAUAUCUGUAACAUCUAAAAACUUCAUGAAAUCAUUUGUUUCAAAUCUCUCAGACUAUAUGGACAGUGGUUAUAUCGAAGAUGGAGAUGAAAGUUCAUCUGAGACAGCAGGUUUGUCAGACCAGAAAGAGGAAAAGUGCAAUACAGUCGGAAAAAAAUUAACAAAGAAAAUAUCUAACUUUUUCAAAGCUAGGAAUAGCCUUACGCACAAAGCGGACCCAAAAUAUUGUUUAAACAAAUCCUUCUCAAACCUGUGUAAGAGCAGCUAUACUUUGUCAUCGAGUACCUUACCUCUUCGUCGAGCAGAAAGCUUGGGCUGCACUGAGGUCAAACGUAAACUUCCGAUGAAGUCCAGACGCUCAAACUCAUUGCCACAGCAUGCAACCUACAAUUAUCACUCCGAACGACAGUUACUACAUAACACCUGCUUCAAACGGAGACCGUACCUCAGCUUCGAGGAUGAGUGUAAAACCAUGACACUGCGAAUUGUUGUUUUUGGUACUGACAGGAUUCUAGGGAAAGUCGCAAGAGCCUACAGCAACCUCAGGUUGCAGGAGAGCAAAUGUCCCUUUCUCACAAAAUACUUCAGGAUGCAAUUUUUUUAUAUUCCUCUGCAAAGAAAUUCACUAAGUAGCCCGGUACAGUUUACAAGCUCCCCCACAGACAACCAGCAGAGACCAUCCAUACAACUGGACUUCAGUUCAGUUGAGUCAACAGACAAAGAUAGCACCAAUAACAUUGCUCAGUAUAUUGGCAUGUUGGAUUCCUGGUAUGAACGAAAUAUUCUAGACUUACUGACCUUGCCAACAACUCUGCUUUGCCAGGAGCCUUCCAAAUCUGAAAAUGACCUUGCUGAUAGGGCACAGGAGAAGCUUCCCAUCUUGGGUGACCUGAUCCUUUAUUACUGUCGGAAUGCUGCCAAUCCAGUGCUGGUCCAGCUUUACCAAGCAGAGUUAACUUUGGCAGGGGGUGAGAAGAGAUCUGAGGUCUUUGUUUAUUCGCUUGAACUGGGACAAUCUGCUGCUACAAGAGCAAUUAAAGCUUCAGGGCCCGGGAGUAAAAGGCUUGGCAUUGAUGGUGACAGAGAAGCGGUCCCAUUGGCACUGCAGAUUGCCUACUGCAAGGCAACAGUCAGCCGAAGAAGCCAGUGGAACAAUGUGGACAAAAACUGCACAUCUGUAAACCUUAGCAAGGCCUGUAACAAAUAUGAUGAACUAGAAUCCAAUACAGAAUAUCUUCAUCUUUCUAUGACUGAAGUGGUGAAGCGACAGAACUCUAAAUCCAAAAAAAGUUAUAAUCAGCAAAUAAGUAUAACCAAAAUCAAGAUUGACAAGGUACAGAUAAUAGGGGUUAAUAAUACCACAUUUGCAGUUUGUCUGGACCAGGAUGAGCAAAAGGUUCUUCAGAGUGUAACAAGAUGUGAAGUGUCUGUGUGUUACAAGCCUGAGGAUAGGGUGCCUCACAAGUUGAAGAAACACACCUCUUUUCAGAUGCAGCAGCAGCCAUCAAAGUUCUAUUCGCUUCUCUGUCUUCCAAUUGUAACCUUCAGUGGAGCUUUGCCGUAGGAACUGCAGAUGAUGACACGUUGUCUCUAUUGCACUACUGGCUAAAAAUUUUGUUGCAGCAAAACGAUGGACCUGAUUUUAGAUAAUGUGCUGGCACUAAUAGAUUUGAUAUUUUUCAUCGGAACUCACAAAAGAUGAAGUAGCAAAGGCGUGCCAAUCUAAAUUGUGAUGCAAGUGGCACAAACAGUGCCACAUAGGUUGCUUUCUAGCCAUUGUUAAUAAAAUUGCUAGGGAGGGAAGAGACAGGAUGGUUCUGAGACAGCUAGUGGCUAUUUGUUUUGGAGCUGUUUCAGAAAUUGGAACUUCACUGUCACAAUUUAGCAGGUGCUGUCAUUGGCCUUGACUUGCAUAUUCAUGUGGUGCAAGUAUAAAAUUCUUGAAGGAUAGCAGUCUGAUGCUUCCUCCCAUGCACUGAUGCAUUGCAGCACAGCGAGACCACAGAUCACAACGUUAACUGGGCGGAGUGCGAAGUGCAGAAUUUGGUAGGAGUAGGAACUUGGAGCGGUGGGAAAGAGGUGCUUCAUUUUACAUUUCAUACUUGCAAAUUAGUGUGUGGGAAAAUAAACAAUCAAAACAAAAGCAUAAAACAGACUAAAAGGUAAUUAACUAUAAACUAAUAUGGACUAAGAUAAGGUGAAAAUUAGGAUGAUUAAACCAGGAUUCAAACACGUGAGAUUUUCCAUUCGGUUGAAAUAAAUAACUCCAAGGCCAGCAACAUCACAGGAUAGUAUGUUGGUGAUUGAUGUUAUUUGCUUAUGAGUGAGUAAAUAGUAUUUUUUUAAUGGCAGUUAUCCUAAUUUUAAUUCAGGCUAUCAAUAAACAAAUAAAUGAAAAAUACUAUAGAUGGUAGGGCAGGCUGUGUGACCGCACUGUGGUAAGUGGGUGUUCGUGAAUAGUGAGACUAUCCUCAAUUUCUACAGCUGCAGAAAACAUCUGUGCCUUGAGUCACUCUGGCUCUGAGUCAUUGAGUUAGAGUUUGAGACACCCUCAAACAUAAUGGAGGGGGAAGAAUUUCUACCUUGUUUUAUUCAGACCACAGUCCAGAGGAAAGCACAGGCAUAAUUGCCCAGGUAGCAGGGACUUUGGAGAGGUUAUGAAGGAAUUUUCAGACUCAGUUCCUGUCUAACAGCACUUGCUACCAACGAAGGCAAGGAGAAAGAUUGUUGGGAAGACACCUAGAAUAGUAGUCCUUAAGGCACUCUGGAUCAGAAGCUGUAGGGAAGAGCAGAAUAGAAAUGCAGUGCAGAGUGCGGAUUUUAUAAUUAGGAGGAUAGAUAGCAUCCUCUGGAGCCACAAAUGAGAGUCUCAAAAAGUGUAUUGCCUACAUGUUAGGGUAGAGGAUAUCUUAAGGCAGCUAGAAAGGAAUCUGGAAAGGGUGCCAGUGUGUUUUUUCUUGAUGGAUCACUAAAGUCAGUAGGAACAGGAAGAAGGUCCUUUUGAGACAGUACCAGGAACUAAUUUAAAUGGCAGGGCCUCGAGAGUAACAAUUUCGAGAGAUUAGAAGAAUUAACAUGUUGCUAAAGGGCUGAUUUGGGAAAGAGCGGUUCCUUUUCAUGUGGCACUGACACCAGUACUGGGACAGGAGGGAGCUGCGCUGGUGGUACAAGCCUCCA